AUGCGUUACCCUUACAGCCACGACGCCACCGCCCCUCCUCCUCCUCCGUCAUUGCUGACGUGUCCACCGCCGGAACUUCACAAGCCGACCCCUCCUCCUCCUCCUCGUCCUUGGUCCACCGGUCUCUGUCAAUGUUGUCUCGACGUCCACGCAUGCUGUUUGACAUGCUGGUGCCCAUGCAUAGCUUUCGGACGCAUCGCUGAGAUUGUAGACAGAGGAUCGACCUCUUGCGGGAUGAACGGGUUAUUAUACGGAGCGAUAACGAUGGUGACGGGAUGUGGAUGGAUGUAUUCGUGCUUUUACAGGACGAAACUGAGGGGACAGUACGAGUUGAAGGAGAGCCCUUGCUCUGACUGUUGCGUUCACUUUUGUUGCGAACGAUGCGCUCUUUGCCAAGAAUAUCGACAACUUCGUCACCAUGGCUUCGAUCUGUCUAUUGGGUGGCAUGGAAAUAUGGACCGGCAGAGGCGACUCAAAGGAACACCUCCAUCGGUGGAACCUCCCAUGUCGAGAUAGAUUCUA